AUCAUCUUUAAGUUUCCAAAGAUGACUCAGAUAAUGAAGAGUUGUUUCAUCUCUCUGGCCAUUCUGUUUCUUUGGCGAGUGGAGRCAGGAGCAGAAGCAGAACCUCCCUGCCCCUGUCCGGUGUUGCCUGCCUUGGAGGCUCUCUGCAAGUCAAAUGUUGUAAUCAGGGCAUAUGUCAUUGGAAAGGAGGAGGYUGACAGUGGAGCAAUGAAAAGUAUCAAAUAUAACGUUCAUACCAUGGAGGUGUACAAAGGCCCUGUGGGGGGAAUUGAUGCUGUCUACUCUCCCUUGGGGUGUUUAGCCACUUUGCAGACUGAUUGGGCAGAGUAUAUUAUCGCAGGUGAUCUGGAAUCUGAUGGGACGGUGUACAUCAUAGCGUGUAGUUUCGUAAAGCGGUGGGAUGAGUUGAAUGCCGAUGAGCUGAACCUGCUUCAGAACUAUCAGAACAGUUGUAAAUGAACAUUGAAGAUCUAUAUUGUUUCUGAAAUGGUCUCAAAUAAAAAAUAAAAUCAAAA